GAGGAGGAGGAAGAAGCUGAAGCAGGAAGGAAGAGGAAGGCAGGCACAGAGAGGGAAAGGGGAGGCAGGCUGUGAAUGCUAACAAGCCUCCGUCGUAAUCACACAGCUCCGUAGGUAUAGGGUUUGAUAUAAAAAAAAAGCAGCGUCUUGCAAUGGAGAGGAGCUCGGAGCGCUAUUAGACACCUACUACUACUACUACUACUAUGCGCCAGAGCCGCGUCCUCCGCCCUGUGCGCCCGCAGCAGCAGCAGCAGCAGCAGCAGCAGCUCCACCGUCGUCGGUGCGUUUGAUCAGUAAAAAAAACCCGUCUUUUUCCGCCGCCGAGUGAAAUGUAUCGCGACUGCUCCGGACGACUCACAUUCUGACAAUGGAGAUUGAAAAUAUCGUGGCCAACACGGUUCUCCUGAAGGCGAGAGAAGGUGGAGGAGGGAAGAGGAAUGGCCGCAGUAAGAAAUGGAAGGAGAUGCUCAAACUCCCCCACAUCAGCCAGUGUGAGGAGCUACGCCGCACUAUCGAUAGGGACUACACCAGUCUAUGUGAGAAGCAGCCCAUUGGUUGGCUGUUAUUCCGUCAGUACUGUGACACCAGACCGGAGCUGAAGCGCUGCAUCGAGUUUAUGGAUGCUGUGGCCAUGUACCAGCUAGCUCCUGACGAGAAGAGGAGGGACUGCGGACUGAAUCUUUUAGACACAUACUUUAAUAAUGGGUCGGCAGCCCAUCUGCCAGACGUACCCCAGGAUGUGGUCGCUGGGUGUCGGGAGAGGCUGGAGCAGAGUCCAUGUAAGGAGCUCUUCAAUGACUGCACCAAAAUAGUUCGUGAUUAUCUGAGUGGAGCUCCAUUUUCCUCCUACCAGGAGUCCAUGUACUUCUCUCGCUUCCUGCAGUGGAAAUGGUUGGAGAGGCAACCAGUAACCAAAAAUACCUUCAGACAUUACAGAGUACUUGGAAAGGGUGGAUUUGGCGAGGUUUGUGCCUGCCAAGUACGUGCCACCGGUAAGAUGUACGCCUGUAAAAAGCUGGAAAAGAAACGAGUGAAGAAAAGAAAAGGUGAAGCAAUGGCACUAAACGAAAAACGCAUUUUAGAAAAAGUUAACAGUAGUUUUGUAGUUAGUCUAGCAUAUGCCUAUGAGACCAAGGAUGCGCUGUGCCUGGUGUUGACCAUAAUGAAUGGCGGUGACUUAAAGUUCCACAUCUACAACAUGGGCAACUCGGGUUUCGACGAGCAGAGGGCCAUCUUCUACGCUGCUGAGAUCUGCUGUGGCCUUGAGGACCUGCACCGUGAGAGGAUAGUCUACAGGGAUUUGAAACCUGAAAACAUCCUUCUGGAUGAUCGUGGACACAUCCGAAUUUCCGACCUGGGCCUUGCUGUUCAAAUCCCUGAAGGAGAGACGAUACGAGGGAGAGUGGGCACUGUUGGAUACAUGGCUCCCGAGGUGAUCCAGAACGAGAGCUACACCGUCAGCCCGGACUGGUGGGGGCUGGGCUGCCUGAUCUUUGAGAUGAUACAGGGCCAGUCGCCCUUCCGCAAGCGCAAGGAGCGCGUCAAGCGGGAGGAGGUGGACAGACGAGUGCGCGAGGACCAGGAGGAGUACUCUGAUAAGUUCGUGGAGGAGGCGAAGGACAUCUGCAGACAGCUCCUGGCUAAGGACCCCAAGGAGCGACUGGGUUGUCAGGGUCGAGGGGCCAUAGAGGUCAAGCAGCACCCCAUCUUCAGAAACAUCAACUUCAAAAGGCUGGAAGCCAACAUGCUGGACCCUCCCUUCAGCCCCGACCCUCGGGCCGUGUACUGUAAAGACGUCCUGGACAUUGAGCAGUUCUCCACUGUCAAAGGCGUGAACCUUGACCCCACAGACGACGACUUCUACCACAAGUUUGUCACAGGCAGUGUCUCCAUCCCGUGGCAGAACGAGAUGAUUGAGAUGGAGUGCUUCAAAGAAAUCAACGUCUACGAGACUGACGGGACGCUGUGCUCAGAUCUGGACGUGAACCGGCCUAAUCCUCCACCAAAGAGAGGCUUCUUCUAUCGCCUGUUCAGAAGAGAGGUCUGUUUUAAGAGCGGUUACAGUGACGACGAGAUCGAAGAGCCCUCGCGACUUUAAACCACUCCCUCCACCUUCCACCCCCCUCCCACCCCACCCUCGCCCUUCGCCGCUGAACUUCACCACAAACUCCAACCGAGCGCAAAUCUUAGGAACUCAGUGAAUGUUGACCUGUAUUUAUGAGCUGUAUUAAAAGUGUAUUAUAAUUAAAGAAAAAAAAAGUAUGAGUUUAAAGAUUUUGUACAUUUGUACUUGAAUUUAUGUCUAGAUGUAUAUUUUCACUAAAGGUUGUAUUGUACAAAAAGCCAUAAAAGUACCACUUGAAUGCAUACAUUACGUUUUUAUUUCCUUUUUUUAGUUUCUUUUGGAAUGGAUAAUGUGUAUUGGGGAGUUUUUUGUUUUUUUUAAGAAGCACAGUACCUGUAGUUUAUUUUAUUUUCUCAAUGUAGCAUAAGGCCUUUUUAUUUUUGUAUGUGCUGUAUGUUUGUCAUUGAUUUGGCCGACGUGACGUGUUGCAUCAGAUCCACCCGGUUCCCAAGCUAACCCUCAGCCUUUGCCGUGCUGCUCAAGCAUUCCCAUGUGUUUCGCAGACCUCCACCUUUUGAUUUACAUUGGAUUAGAAGUGAUAAUCCACAUCUUUCCCUCAGCCCAGUCAGGCAGGUUGCACUGGACUGGAUAGCAUGUGUAGUAAACGGCCUUCUAGGUGCCUGUACCAACUCAAUGCUAGAUUUAUUUCUGAUUUAGUAAGCGUAUGUAACAAUUAGUAUAUUUUAAGGAAUUAUUACGGAGGCUUUUUCUUUCAGUAAUACAAAGCCUGAUAAUUCUCAUUCCUGGACCUCUCCAAAAAUCUCUCGAGCUGCUAAAAGGCUCAGAUGAUUAAUUUCAGACUGCAUUUCCUUCGGGAGCACAGCUGUUAAGUAAACGUCUGUUACAUAAUUCACUCAGGCAAAACAAGUUUUGGUUAUUUAUCUUUGUUCCUCCUCCUGCGUCUUUUGUCGUACUACCUGGCUUUUCUUUGUUUUGUUUUUCCCUGACAUGUCCGGUUAUUAAAAACCUGCUUCACGUGCUGAGGAGAAAUCCUUUCCCCUUGAGAUAUUCUAGUAAUUUGCCACCCAUAUUUUUAGUGUACCAGAAAGCCCUAGGACAGGUUGAGUCGGAACAUAGAGACAGA